AGACCAAGUUUACAAAAUCAUCGAAAAGCUUCAUUGAUAAUAAUUGAUCCGAGUGGUUCUGGCAUACAAACAACCAAUCAAGUUCUUUUUGAAGAAUUACCUGAGAGAGCUAUUGCAAAUGAAUUAACCUUUCAAGAAUUUCAAAUAUUCAAAAAAAUUAUUCCACGUGAUCUAUUAAGACAUAUAUGGACACCACAAGGUAGUUCUCAUCGUGAAAACGGACGAGGUAUCCAAAAUGAUAUUAUCACAGGAGAAAUUAAAAAAUCGAGCAGCAAUGAUGAAAAACUUGUUCGUGAAUCCAACAACUACAAUACUUUGAUGGCAAUAAUAGCUGCCUUAAAUUCAGCACCAAUUUCACGUCUUCGUAGAACGCGCGAUUUAAUCAAAAAUAAAUCCUGUUUUAAGAAAUUUCUUAAUUUAGUGGCGCUGAUGUCUACUGAAAAAUCAUUUAAUAAUUAUCGUGCAGCAUUAAAAUCUCAAUCAUCUCGUGCUCACGAUGAACAAAUAGGAAUACCAUAUCUUGGUAUUCAUUUACAAGAUUUAUUAUCAAUAGGAGAAGGUAAUAAAAAUUAUCAAGAUGAUGGUAAAAUUCAUUGGAAUAAAUUCUCAUUGAUGGGUGAUAUUAUCAUCAUGAUGCGUAAAUUUCAAAAGUCAUCUUAUAAUCUUAAAAGUAACAAAUUUAUUGAAUACUUUAUUAACGACAUGCCAAUGUUGAGUGAUGAUGAUUUAUAUAACAAGUCAUUGGAACUUGAACCAAGGAUUCGAAGAUCAGCUAGUACAA